AUGGCACCAUCAAAAUCUGGACCACCGGCCGCUCCUUAUGCGAAAGAUGAAAAAGUCCUUUGCUUUCAUCAUGAUUUGUUGUAUGAGGCCAAAGUCUUAGAUACUAGACCAACAGAAGAUGGUUCUAGCUGGCAAUGCAAGAUCCAUUAUAAGGGGUAA